CCGUUAAAUAAAUGAGUUACGACCCAGCCACCGUCGUCGUCGGACGUCUCUCUCUCUCCGUCCGGGGCUCCCGCGCCCGGCCCCGCCGGCGCCCGCCGUUCACCUCUUCGGCAUGUAAGACCCCUCGUUUUCCGCAGGCCCACGCAGGCCCUGCUCUUCUUUAUUUUCACGGGUGUCCGCAUUUUCUUUAUUUACUACAUUUCUGGCGACGAGAUAUACUACAUUUUUGGCGACCGAGCAUGGGAUAAUUUUUUUUUUCUCCGCAUUUCGAACCCCCGCCGUACCCCGCGUCUAGACGGGACGUGCAUUUUUUUUUAACAAGGAACGGCGCCUUUUUCCGCCUUUUUUCAAGAUGGCGGCUGCGCAGGGUCGCGUUCCCGCCGAAUUUCUCCCCACGCCCGGCGAACCGUCAAUGCCGUGGCAGACUUGGAAGCGCGGCUUCCUCAACUACCUCGAGGCGAUCGACGCCGAGGAUUUUCCGCCGAAACGCAAGAGGGCGAUUUUAUUUUCAUUUCUCGGCGAGGAAGGAAAUCGCGUCGUAGAAGCGUUCAACCUAGAGAGUCCAGCCGUCAACGCGGCACAAGACGAGUUUCAGAGUUUGUUGUCCGCUUUGGACACUCACUUCGCUUCCGCUCAAAACGUCAUAGUUGAGCGUAGAAAGUUCGCCAUGAGGUUCCAGGGUCCAGAAGAGACCGUCCUCGAGUAUCUUGGGGCGCUUAGACGCCUAGCAUCGUUUUGCGACUACGGAGAGUCGUUGGAGAGCCGCGUCGCAGAAAUGUUUAUUUCGGGAAUCCGUAACGCGGAAGUCCAAGAUCGUUUAAUCAGAGAGUCCGACGGAACUAAGGCACCUAGCCUCGAGCGUGCUGUCCAGUUAGCGCAGCAGUUCGAGCGGACGUCUCGUGAUUGCGAUCUCUUCCGACGCUUGUCGUUAGACGCAAGUCCGAACACGCCGCACGUGGUCGAGCGGAUCCAAGAUGGACGCGGUCGCGACCAAGAUGCACAACAUGGCGGGCAGCCUCCCCGCCGCCGCGGAUCUUCCCCCCCGAGGCGUGAGCGUCCCCUUCCUCCUCCCCCGUCUCCGUCGCAGCGAGAGCCCUCCUACUCUUCCCUUCCGAGGCAGGAGCCUCCCCCUCCUUCGUCGGGACGCGAGCGGCCCCUUCCUCCUUUCCCGCCGCGUCGAGAGCGCGACCGCCGGCAAUGGCGAGCUCCCUCCCGACCGUUCUUCCGUGCGCGCCCACGCGAUCCUCCCCCCGGGGCGCGUCGUGUCGUUCGCGACGACGGUUGUUUUUUCUGUGGCAGACGAAGCCACCCCCGAGAUGAGUGCCCAGCAUCGGGAGCCACAUGUUUCUCGUGUGGCCGUGAGGGACAUUUUGCAAAUGUGUGUCGAAGCCGUCCGAGGCACGACCGGGAUCAUCGACAACUGGCCCUUCCUGCUGGCCGGCGGGUCUCUGCCCGCGGCUACUACGAGCAUCGGCAAGCAAGGCCUGGUCCCACAAGGACUCCCAUUCAAGGCAUCACCUUCCCGGACUACGAGCUCCCAGCAACAAUCUACACCGUCGCGCCGCCCGAUGAUUUUCCGGAGCGGUGCCGUUUCUGUGGUGGCCCCUGCCACCCGAGGAAGUUUUGUCCGGCCGCACACCGUCGCUGCUUCUCCUGCCAGAAGCAAGGUCAUCUAGACCGUGUAUGCGAGAGUCGACCCCGGUGGCCACGACUCGACCGUGGGGGGCCUAGCAACCCUCCCACCGUGUUCGCGUCCGCCCACCGGAGGCAUCCAGAGAUGCGUCACUUUUCGGCGCCCCGAGCGCCAUGGUCCCGGCCCCGGGGAAGUACCUUGCCCCCGGAGCCCCCACUUCUUGCUGCAGCUCCGCCUGCAGUUCUUCCUGCUGCAGCCCCGCCUGCAGUUCUUCUUGCUGCAGCCCUGCCUGCAGCCCGGCCGGCUCCCCCAGAGCCGCCUGUUCCUGUCCUUGGUCCGGCUAGCCCGGACACCACCAAUCCAGAUCCUGCGGGUCAACGUCCUGACCCUGGCCCGAGUCCCGAGGCCCCUCCUCCUUUUCCUGAGGAUCCUGUUCCAGCUGGGAGUCCCCUUCCCGAGGGUCCUGCUGAGCCCAAGUCGUUCCCCAGACCGGAGCCACCAGAGCCCCUGGGUCCAGACAAGUCCACUCCCCGGCAAGAGAGUCGCAAGCGUUCAAGUCGACGACUGCCGGGACGAUUUAAAAGCUAUGUGCUAACACUAAAGGAACUUUUAAGUUAAUUUCGACAAGUACAUGAACAUUCAGUGAAUUUUUUUUUCUUAUCCAGCUUACUGCCCCAGCGCAGCCUUUUCCAGUGUGUGCUUUCCGCAAAUCUUUUGCGACGUGCUUUUCCUUUUCAUUAAUUUCACAUUUUCCAGUGUCUUGACAUAGAAAUGUCAUUUCAUUUCAGUACAUUUCCAUACUUCCCAACUGCCCUGCAGUUUGGCGUCAGUUUUCGGGAAAAAAGUCUAUUCAAUUUUUUUUUCCUAAGAAAGGGAAGGAUAGGUAGUUAUUUUUUUUUAAGGAAAGGAAAGUGUAGUAUUUCAAUUUUUUCAUUUAAGUAGUUCUCGCCACACUAACCAGAUGGCGCCACCGUUACACCAUUGUCCGUGUUAUCAGGGUAGCGUCCCCGUGGCGCUCAACCCCCACGUUGUUGACCGUUAAAUAAAUGAGUUACGACCCAGCCACCGUCGUCGUCGGACGUCUCUCUCUCUCCGUCCGGGGCUCCCGCGCCCGGCCCCGCCGGCGCCCGCCGUUCACCUCUUCGGCAUGUAAGACCCCUCGUUUUCCGCAGGCCCACGCAGGCCCUGCUCUUCUUUAUUUUCACGGGUGUCCGCAUUUUCUUUAUUUACUACAUUUCU